GAUGGGCGGCGGGGCGCGGGAGCUGGCCGGGUACCUGGCGGCGCUGGGCGGGUGGGUGGCGGCGCUGGCGGCGGCCGCGCUGCCGCAGUGGAGGCAGAGCUCGUACGCGGGGGACGCCAUCAUCACGGCCGUGGGGCUUCACGAGGGGCUGUGGAUGAGCUGCGCCGCGCAGAGCACCGGGCAGGUCCAGUGCCGCCUCCACGACUCGCUCCUCUCCCUCGACGUUCACAUCCAGACUUCCCGGGCUCUCAUGGUGAUUUCUCUCCUCCUGGGCUUCUUUGGCAUCAUUGUGAGCGUGGUGGGCAUGAAAUGCACCAAAGUUGGUGAAGAGGAUCCCGUUACCAAGAGCCGCAUCGCUGUUGCUGGAGGUGUCCUCUUUGUCCUCUCCGGUCUGUGCACGUUGGCUGCCGUGUCCUUGUACGCAACACAGGUGACUUACGAGUUCUUCAGAGAGAGCACCGUUCCCAUCAACGCCAGGUACGAAUUCGGCUCGGCUCUCUUCAUCGGCUGGGGGGCCGCCAGCCUCACUGUGCUGGGGGGCUCCCUCCUGUGCUGCUCCUGCCCCGCCAAGGAGCAGCGAGGACAGCAGUACUACCGGCAGUCGCAGCCUUCGACAGCUCGGGAAUGCUCCGGAGCAGCAGGAUGAUGCUGGGGGAACGAUGCUGGUCCCACGGGGGUGUGCUGCACAGAAGCGCUUUGUGCUGUGACACCUCCCUCUCUGCAUCCUGGUUUUGGGAACAAGUGGAGAGCGAAACCAGUGCUGGGUUUACCCGGGAUGAAGCUGCUGCUCACUCACCUCCAUCAGACCCAGCCCAUCCCUGCGCCUCGCUUUUGGCAGAGGGAUGCUUUCAGGGUGCAAGCAUUCCUCUGCCUCAUUGCUACCCAAAAGCAACAGUUUUUUUAAAGGACUAUUAAUUCUUGAUUUGAGUCCAGUUGCUGGUGCUCCAGCUGAGCUCUGCCAGCUAAAAUCUGCCCUGGGUUUAUUUCUCACCAGGCACAAACAUGUGGCCUUGUUAAGCAGAAUAAAUGGCAUUAGGCAAAUUAAAGCAGGCAAAAUGGGGGCUUUGAACUCAAAGCAGAGGUUUGUUUUUAUUUUUGGUGCCCAGCACAGCUAUUUCGGGUAGCAGAUGGUCAGACCCAUGAAUUUUGAUGCUUCCUCCUGUGUCCAAAUCCCUCUUCCCCCAACAGGAUCCCCUGGAGCAGGCAGUGAAGUCUUCAAACGCAGACAUGCUAAUUGUCUCCACCUCCUUGUACCUCGUAUCGACCGCUACUAACUGCUCUGCAAACACCGUAGCUCCAAUUUCAUACAUAAAUUCCCCAAAACCCACCGUACUUCCAUCCCUCCAUCCCUCCAUCCCUCCAUCCAUCCAUCCAUCCAUCUUGCAUAUGCUAUGACACCUAAUCUGCAGGAAAAAACAGUGGAAAUGAUCCAAAGAGCUUGAUCAUAUAUUUUUUAUUAUUGUUAUGUGGUUUUUAAUCCUGAUUAGCUGAAGUAGCUGAUUUUUUACAUUUGAUUUUGCUCUGUUUUAUUUUUCUAUAUUUUAUUUCAUUUCUCUCUCACACAGGACUAACAGCCCUCUUUCUCUUUUAAAUUGCAGACCCCCUGUAAAAAUGUCUUCUUCACCCAUCAGGGGAGAACAGUGCUUAUAGUCUAUCUUCAUCCAUCAGGUGCUUGGUUGGCUGAACCCAACUUAUGGGGUUCCCUUCCAAAAAUGCACACCAAAAACUACUGCAGUGAGGAUUGAAAAGGAAACUUGUGCCUUAAAAAAAAAAAAAAAAAAAAAAUCAAUCAAAAAAGCAUUUUUAUAUCAAGAGCACAGCACUGUGUAGAAUAAUGUUUUUAUUCUUUUAAUUGCAUUAACUUUUCUAUGGGAUGCAUGGCCGUGGGAAUGGGACUGGUUGGGAUUUUUAAAUACAUUUUUUUGCUGAUUGUUUGUACUAAAAAUUGUGACUCAGUGGUAUUAAAAUAUUUCCAAUCAUGGG